AUGCUUCAAUCCGAACCACAGACUGAUAUUGUUUUCACGAUAACUUACGAAUAUAUUGAAGGCCGCCACAUUCAAGACUUCUAUGCAGUCACCCCUUACUGGCUGGAUGUCGGAGGAUGCAAAACCUCAGACGUACCUGCUUAUCGGGAUUCAAUAUUCAACUAUUCCAGUCCAAUCCUGAAAGGGGUCCCCCAAGGAAUGAUUACCUUUGUCGGAGGCCAUUUGCAUGACGGCGGCACGCAUAUCGAUCUCACCAAAAAUGGAAGGGUCGUUUGCAGGCUCAAUGCUUUGUACGAUCGGUAUCGGUACCAGGAUGACGGGAAGCUGAUGGAACAUGUCUCCAUCAUUGAGACUUGCGAGACGCCUGCAAAGACGGUUACGAAAGAUGAAUGGUCUAUUGUUGCGUGUUACAACACCUCCUUGCAUGAGCCCAUGGAGAUGAUGGAUGGUUCCCUUGAACCCGUCAUGGGCAUCAUGCUCGUAUAUGUUGCUCAGGGACUAGAGCGACAUGGCAUGUCGAGAACCAUGUCUUUGAGUGUUAUUCUCGGAAUCGGCAGUUUGGCCGCGGUGGCAUUGCUAGCUGCUGCCUGGUGCUGGCUUGAAGGACGCUGUGGACACAGGAACAAGCGCUUAUCAUUCGCGGAUAUGAUGUGGACCAGAGACCGAGACUUGGAACAAGAAGCAGUGGUUCCCUUGAUGAAAACAUGA